UAUCAAUCGAAUCAACUUAUGUCAGAUAUCAUAAACUUAUGUUAGAUAUCAUUACAUUAUACAACUAAAAAGCCAAUUGACUCUUAGAGGUACUAUCUGUCCUUUAUCUUCUUCAUUCUCUUGCUAAUUCAUAGGAACAUCAAAUAUGGUAUCCAAGACACUCAACAAUAGGCUUCCAGUUAUAGACUUUUCUGAGGACGAUGAUUUGAACCCAGGAACGGAUUAUUGGUUGUCGGUUCGAACUAAAGUUUGUCAGGCACUCGAAGAAUAUGGUUGUUUCGAAGCUCUGUAUGGCAAUAAGGUCUCGCUAGAGCUUCAUAAUGAGAUGUUUCAGGCAAUCGAGGAGUUAUUCGACCUACCAUUAGAAACCAAGAUUCUAAAUACUUCACCCAAACCCUACUACGGUUAUGCUGCUGAGGCCUCAGUUAGACCUCUUCUUGAAGGUAUGGGUAUUGACGACGCGCCCAUUCUGGAACAAGUUUCUAGCUUCACUAAUCUCAUGUGGCCAGAGGGAAAUCCCAGCUUCUGUGAAACUGUGUAUUCCUUCACAACGAGAGUGACGGAGUUGGAACAAACUGUGACUAGAAUGGUUUUUGAGAAUUAUGGAGUGGAGAAGUACUACGACUCACACAUUGAAUCGAUGAACUAUCUCCUCCGAGUUAUGAAAUACCGUAAAUGCGAAGAGAGUGAGAGUAACUUAGGUGCUACUCCUCAUACAGAUAAAAGCUAUAUUACUGUACUUCAUCAAAACCAAGUUCAUGGAUUAGAGGUACAGACAAAGAGUGGUGACUGGAUAAAGGUUACACCGACGGCCGGUUCCUUUGUAGUCAUGACAGGAGAUGCAUUCCUGGCGUGGAGCAAUGGUAGGUUGCAGUGCCCUAUUCAUCGAGUUGUGAUGGAAGGAGACAGUACAAGGUACUCGGUCGGAUUAUUUGCAUUUAGCCAUGCAUUAGUGGAGGUUCCAGAGGAGCUGGUCGAUGAACAUCACCCAGCGAAGUUUAAGCCAUUUUCUCAAAUAGGAUUAAUUAACUUUAUGAUGACAGAAGAAGGUCAAAAGGCCGAGUCUACUGUAAAAGCAUACUGUGGUAUAUGACUAGAUGAAGAUGAAAUUUUAGUAUUUUACCAGUCGGGACUCGGGGCUGUGAAAAUGAUAGCCUAGUCACUGCUUGUAUAUCCAUGCUCAGAUCUCUAUUCAGUGGAGUUUGCAGAAACCCCGUUGUUUAGUAAAUGAUACGGUCUUGAAUAUAAUUAGACCCAAUGUUUUUCAAAUACCAUUGUAUAUAAUAAGCCAAUCUCUGUUGUAAUUUUGAAAACAUUUUCGGGUGA